AUGCUCAGGGCGCUCCACCGCUGGCCAUGGCCCAGAGAACUCACCGCCGCCUGCAGAGAUUCUCGGACGCUGACGCAAGUGCACGCCCUCAUGAUCGUAACCGGAGCCUUCAAAUGCGGCGCGUCCAACGGGCAUCUGAUCGCGGCAUAUUCCGGCGCCGGCGACAGGCCUGCCGCCCGCUCCGUGUUCGAGAAUUCUCCCAAGGGGAAGAUAUCGACAUGGAAUGCAGUGAUCAUCGCCUACUCUCGGGUCAACGCCCCCGAUGAGGUGCUCCGCCUGUACCGCCGCAUGGUCUCCGAGGGUCAGGCCCACCCCGACAGCUCCACAUUCACCGUCGCCAUUAAAGCGUGCGCCUCGCUUCAAGACCUCGAGACAGGGGAGGAAAUCUGGUCGCUGGCCGCCCUUUCAGGGUACUCUAGGGAUGUGUUCGUCUGCUCCUCCCUCUUGAAUCUGUACGCGAAAUGCUGCAAGAUGGACAAGGCGAUGGAGGUAUUUGACGGAAUGCCGAAGAGAGACCUUGUCUCUUGGACCACCAUGAUUGCUGGGUUCGCAAGCGCUGGGAGACCGUUCGAUGGCAUCGGGAUCUUCCAGAGGAUGCAGUCCGAGGGCCUGCGGGGGGAUGGAGUGGUGAUGGUGGGUCUAAUCCAAGCUUGCGCCAGCUUAGCAGAGAUGAGGGUCGGCCGAUCCGUCCAUGGAUACGUGAUAAGGCACUAUCCGGAGCUGGACCUCAUCAUCGAGACGGGGCUCGUGGACAUGUACGCGAAGAACGGGCUCCUGGAUCACGCUUUCCAAGUGCUCGAGAGAAUGCCGCGCAGAAAUGUCGUGUCAUGGAGCGCACUGAUUUCCGGCCUCGCGCAGAAUGGGUUUGCAGGGGAAGCACUCCGCACGUUGAUCGGGAUGCAGAAGGAUGGCGGGCUUGAACCCGAUCCGGUCGCACUAGUAAGCUCUCUGCUGGCGUGCUCUCAGGUGGGCUUUCUCAGGCAGGGGAAGACGAUACACGGGUACAUUGUUAGGCGUCAUGAGCUCGACAAGAUUUCAGCCACCGCAGUGAUCGAUAUGUACUCCAAAUGCGGUAGCCUCUCUACUGCCCGUCUCCUCUUUGACAGGACUAGUUCGAGGGAUUCGAUCUCCUGGAAUGCCAUGAUCAGCAGCUACGGGCUCCAUGGCCGCGGCAGGGAAGCGCUUGAUGUCUUCCUUCAGAUGAGGGAGGCGGAGGUUCUGCCUGAUCACGCUACCUUCGCCUCCCUUCUCUCGGCCCUGAGCCACUCUGGAAUGGUCGAGGAAGGAAGACGAUGGUUCAGCCUCAUGGCCAACCAGUUCGGCAUCGAUCCCAGUGAGAAACACUACGCCUGCAUGGUGGAUCUCCUGGCGCGGUCGGGCUUCGUCCAGGAAGCUUACGAGCUCACCAAGGCUAUGCCCACUGAGCCCGGUAUCGCCGUGUGGGUGGCUCUGCUCUCGGGCUGCCGUCACAGAGGGAAUCUCCUGCUCGGGGAGGAAGUGGCGGAGAGAGUCCUCCGGCUUGGCUCCGACGAUCUCGGCGUUUACGCUCUGGUUUCGAAUUUCUUCGCCGCGGAAAAGAAAUGGGACAGAGUGGCCGAAGUGAGGACGGCGAUGAAGAAGAUGCCGGCGAAGAAGGUCCCCGGGUACAGUCUGGUGGAAGUCGACGGCAGACUUCAUGGGUUUCUGGUGGAGGACGAGACCCACCCGCAGCACCGAGAGAUUACCCGCAUGCUGGGGGAGCUGGGCAUUGAGAUGAGGAAGAUGGGGUACCGGCCGCAGACGGAGUUCGUCCUGCACGACCUCGACGAGGAGGCCAAGACCAGGAUGCUCUGCACCCACAGCGAGAGGCUCGCCAUCGCCUACGCCCUGUUGAACACCGCCCCGGGGGCGAGGAUCCUGAUCUUCAAGAACCUGAGGGUAUGCGGGGAUUGCCAUGCCGCUACAAAGCUCAUAUCCAAGAUUGUGGAUAGGGAAAUCGUCGUGAGGGACUCCAAACGAUUCCACCACUUCAAAGACGGCGCUUGCUCAUGCGGAGACUUCUGGUGA